CGGCCAUCACGUCGCUGAGCAAUCAGAGCUGCUUAGACUGCCCUUCCUACGUAGCCCCGCCUACCGGCUUCUCCGCCCUUCCUCGGCGGUGACGAGCCCGAAAGAGCCACCAAUCAGGUCACAGAAUUUGCAGACUGACAUAAACGGUGACCAAUACGGAAUGCCGGGUGGCGGCCGUUGGGCUGAGUGGAUGGCAGAGGAAGCCGAGCGGUAACGGAGAGAGCUGCGGAAACCGUGAGCAACCAUGGGGAACCGGGGGAUGGAAGACCUCAUUCCCCUCGUCAACAAGCUUCAGGACGCCUUCGCUUCCAUAGGCCAGGCCUGUAACCUCGACCUGCCGCAGAUAGCCGUGGUGGGAGGACAGAGCGCCGGCAAGAGCUCCGUCCUCGAGAACUUCGUAGGCCGAGAUUUCCUGCCCCGUGGAUCUGGAAUUGUCACACGUCGCCCCCUCAUCCUCCAGCUCAUCUUUUCUAAGACAGAAUAUGCGGAGUUCCUGCACUGUAAAUCCAAAAAAUUCACAGAUUUUGAUGAAGUUCGUCAGGAAAUCGAAGCAGAAACUGAGCGAGUAACUGGAUCAAACAAAGGCAUCUCACCUGUCCCCAUCAACCUGCGGGUGUAUUCCCCCCAUGUUUUGAACCUGACCUUGAUUGAUCUCCCGGGUAUUACAAAGGUCCCAGUCGGUGACCAGCCUCAGGACAUUGAGUACCAGAUCAAGGACAUGAUUCUGCAGUUCAUCAAUAGGGACAGCUGCCUCAUCCUGGCAGUCACACCCGCCAACACAGACCUGGCAAAUUCGGAUGCCUUAAAAAUGGCAAAGGAGGUGGAUCCACAGGGUUUGAGGACUAUUGGUGUAAUAACCAAGCUGGACCUAAUGGAUGAAGGCACAGAUGCCAGAGAUAUUCUGGAGAACAAGCUGUUGCCGUUAAGGAGAGGCUAUGUUGGGGUUGUGAAUAGAAGCCAGAAGGACAUUGAUGGUAAGAAGGAUAUCCGAGCUGCCCUCGCUGCAGAAAGAAAGUUCUUCCUCUCUCAUCCUGGGUAUCGGCACAUUGCAGACAGAAUGGGGACUCCACACCUGCAGAAAGCCUUGAACCAACAACUCACGAAUCACAUCCGGGAAACCCUGCCUGCACUGAGGAGUAAGCUGCAGAGCCAGGUGCUGUCCCUGGAAAAAGAGGUUGAAGAGUACAAGAACUUCCGGCCUGAUGAUCCGACAAGGAAAACCAAAGCCCUUCUCCAGAUGGUCCAGCAGCUUGGGGUUGACUUUGAGAAGCGGAUUGAAGGAUCUGGGGAUCAGGUGGACACGCUGGAGCUGUCCGGGGGGGCCAGGAUAAACCGCAUCUUUCAUGAGCGCUUCCCCUUUGAGCUUGUGAAGAUGGAGUUUGAUGAAAAGGAUCUACGGCGAGAAAUUAGCUAUGCCAUUAAGAAUAUCCAUGGUGUAAGGACGGGCCUGUUUACCCCAGAUAUGGCCUUUGAAGCUAUAGUGAAGAAGCAAGUUGUGAAGUUAAAGGAACCUUGUCUGAAAUGUGUGGACCUGGUCAUCCAGGAACUGAUAAACACUGUGAGACAAUGUACAACCAAGCUGGCUUCCUACCCAAGGCUCAGAGAAGAGAGUGAGAGGAUUGUCACAACGUACAUCCGGGAGAGAGAAGGAAAAACAAAGGAGCAGAUCCUCCUACUAAUAGACAUCGAGCUGUCUUACAUCAACACUAAUCAUGAAGACUUCAUCGGAUUCGCCAACUGUUAUACCGAGCAGCACAUCCCAGGUGCACAGCAGAGAAGCACGCAGCUCAACAAGAAGCGGGCUGUUCCAAACCAGGGGGAGAUAUUGGUCAUCAGGAGAGGCUGGCUAACCAUCAACAACAUAAGUAUCAUGAAAGGAGGCUCCAAGGAGUACUGGUUUGUGCUCACAGCAGAGUCCUUGUCCUGGUAUAAAGACGAUGAGGAGAAAGAGAAGAAAUACAUGCUGCCCCUUGAUAAUCUGAAGAUCCGAGAUGUAGAGAAGGGAUUCAUGUCCACAAAACAUAUUUUUGCCAUUUUCAACACAGAACAGCGUAAUGUAUAUAAGGAUUUGCGUCAGAUAGAACUCGCUUGUGAUUCUCAAGAAGAUGUGGAUAGCUGGAAAGCAUCAUUCCUCCGAGCUGGAGUUUAUCCUGAAAAAGAUCAGACGGAGAAUGAUGAAGAAGUCCAGGAAAAUACGUUUUCCAUGGAUCCACAACUGGAGAGACAAGUGGAGACCAUCCGGAACUUGGUGGACUCUUACAUGGGAAUAGUCAACAAAUCCAUCCGUGACUUAAUGCCAAAGACCAUAAUGCACCUUAUGAUCAAUAAUGCAAAAGACUUCAUCCACUCGGAGCUGCUGGCGUACCUGUACUCCUCCACCGACCAGAACAGCCUAAUGGAGGAGUCUGCAGACCAGGCGCAGCGACGAGACGAGAUGCUGAGAAUGUACCACGCACUGAAAGAGUCUCUGAACAUCAUUGGCGACAUUACCACUAGCACAAUCUCCACCCCGGUCCCCCCACCAGUGGAUGACACCUGGCUGCAGAACCAGAACAGUGGACACAGCCCUACCGUGCAGAAGAGACCGGUUUCCACCAUCUUGCCUCCAAGCCGGCCUCCUGCAGUCAGGGGUCCAACCCCUGGGCCCCCUCUCAUUCCUGUGCCAGCAGGAGGUUCUGCUUAUCCUCCCAUCCCCUCCCGCCCUGGCCCUGCGGGGCCUUUCCCUGCUGCUAAUAAUGACCCUUUCUCAGCGCCACCUCAGAUCCCAUCCCGACCGGCUCGUAUUCCUCCCAGUCUUCCACCUGGAGUACCCAGCCGGAGACCUCCCGCCGCCCCAAACCGGCCCACCAUAAUCCGACCUGCAGAGCCCUCCUUACUAGACUAAGCGUCAGGAGGGGCGGUAGCGAAAAACCAAUGGCUCUGCAGUUAUCUUUUGGGAAGAGGGAGAGAUUUAUACGCAGGGUGUUCAUUUUCGUUGUCACAGACGCUGUGCCCGCCCAGGCGUGUAAUCUGUCAGUAUUGUCGUCGUUGACCAGUUUUAUAGAAAUAGGCUUUAUACACCUCAUGAAAUCCAUUAGACCGACAAAUGUGUCAUUUAAUGUUUGUGUGUGUGUUGGAAUUACACUUGAGUAUAUUUCUUGGCUGGAAGCUGAGACUGAGAGAAAGAAGCCAUUUUGAAUCUGUGAAUCUAAAAUGACUGGCAUCUCCCUUCAGAUAUUUAUAAUGCCUGCUAAACAUACUGCCAUGACAGCUUCUAUUUCCAUGAUCUUCUUUAAAAGAAGCCUGAAUUUAAAAAAAAUAUAUAUAUAUUUUAAUUGGAUUAAAUGAGACACAAAGUCUAUUUCUAUCAGUAGUUUCUGGUCUAAUGAUAGAAAAAUACAGGGUUUAAUUCAAUGUUGAGUGGAAAAGUGUAACUUUCAUGGAAGAAAACUAGAUUAACACCAACUAUUGUAAUAUACGACAUCCAGUGUAUGCUGGUUAUUUGGCCCCUAUGUAACCAUCUGAGUAUUUAAGCAAUUUCUUCAUAUUACAGAUGUGUAAUUUACAAUUUGUUUCUAACCUAAUGGAAUUAUGUACAGUUUUUGUUUUUUCGAGUCAAUUUGCAUUAAUUUUCAUAUAUAUAUAUUUAACAGUCUAUCAAACCUAUGUACUGUGAGAUUUUUUUUUCUGCAGAAAUUUAGACUGAAUUAUUCACUUUAAAUCGGUGCCUUUAUUGCCUACGGGUGGGGUUGGGAAUUAGAAGAUUCUAUGAAUUGAGAAACACAAACAUGAUUUGGAAUAAUCGUAAUUCUGGCUUUGUAAAGAGUUUGACAAACCGCUUAGAACUGAAACCAAUAAGGCUGAAGUUAAUAACGCAAUCGGUAAAAGAUAAUUUGAAUUGUGUUUAAUACUAAAGACUGUUACUGAAAAACUACUCCCAAAAUAUCAUGUUUUAGUUUUAACUAAGGCAUGAUGAAUACAGAGGUUCUCUAAACCAGAGAUUUCCCAAAGACGUCCAGGUCGGUCCACCGCUGUUCUUUUCCUUUCAGAUUUUCACUAUUAAAUCGUGAGCAUAAAAUUGACUGCUGGAAGGUUUUUUGUUUUUUUAAAGUAGGUUAUAAUCUGAAAUCCAUUACUCACAAACUGCAAAAGUCACAUCCCCACAUCUACAACAGUGACCAAAGUUCUACUGAUAAAGAGCAACGAGCUCAAAGAGCAAAACCUAGCAUGUCAGUUGUAUUCCUUUUUUGUUGUCGUUCUUUUUGUAAUUUACCCGGCACGUAUCCAUGUUGUACUUUAUUCCACUGCUCUGAAUAGUAGAUUUGAAGGACUACUUGCCGGUCACUCUGACUUUAUAGCCUGGCAUGCCGCAGCAGGAUGGGAAGAUGAAGAAGCACAUAGCCUUCAAAGAAUCUUCUUUAAUAAAACACCACCGCUAUUAAAGUGUGAUCACAACAUCCUUGUAAAUUGAUAUGCCACAUUCUACUAAAUAUUGGGAAAGCACACAGAGUGGACACCUAUUUGUCUUCUACCUUCGGAUGGCUUUAAUGUAUUGGCUUGUAGAUGUGUUCAUGCACAUUUGACAAAAUACUUAGAUUUAUUUUCUUCCUUCAGUGCUUUUCAGUCCUGUAUUUCUAGCAGGAUCAUUUGUGUAUCAUACCUCCCAACAUUACCCUCUCCAGGAGGGACAGAAUGCUCUGUUACUGGACUUCCCUCUUAAUGUAUGAUUGCCGGCACCUGUGGUGAACUAGUUGUUUGAUAAGAAAGGUGUUUCACCACAGGUGAUGGCAAUAAGUAAUUAAGAGGGAAGUCCAGGAGCAGAGCAUUUUGUUCCUCCUGGAGAGGGUUAUGUUGGGAGGUAUGGUGUAUUGUCAUUUCCCAAGGACAUGGUACAAUUUUGCAUCACUCUCUGCAUGCAUGGAAUACAAUAGUAACCAGAGUGCAUCUUUGUAUUUUAUCAUUAUCCCAAGCCUAUCAAACUAAAUUCUGUGAUAACAAUGCAUUACUAAUAAGCACUUAAAGAAGUUGGUUAUGAAUGUAGUUAGUGAAGUUGUUCGUCUGGCCCCAACACCCCUUGGCACUUUUUUUUAUUCAAGUCUGACAAACCUGCUCUGCCUCAUUCCCCAGAGACCUCCAGCAAUUGAAACUACCUACUGCAAUCCGCUUUCUGUAGAUGCUCUCAUUCCUGCAGCUGCUAAGGUGAAAGCACUGGUGGACGUGCGAUCUGCUUCUUUGCAGAAUGAGUCAUAUGGCAGAUUGAGGUCUAUUUACUAAGCCGUUGAGAGAGAUAAAGUACCAGCCAAGCUGCUCCAAACUGCCACGAUACAGGCUGUGUUUGAGAAUUGACAGGAGCUGGGUGGCUGGUACUUUAUCUCUCUCCACUUUUAUGCCUCUCUACAUGCAUCUAACUGUGGUUAUACUUCUUGUACUAGACCACUGUUUCCCAAACUCUGGGGCUGAUGUAUUAACCUGGAGAAGGCAUAAGGAAGUGAUAAACUAGUGAUAUGUGCAUUUGAUAAAGGCACCAGCCAAACUGUUAAUUUACAUAAUGGCACCAGCCAAUCAGCUCCAAUAUCACCUUGCACAUAUCACUGGUUUAUCACUUCCUUAUGCCUUCUCCAGGUUAAUACAUCUGCCCCUCUGUCCUCAGCACCCCACACAGUUCAUGUUUUCCAGGUCACCUGUGGAGUUUUAAAAUGUGACAGUUGGUGAUACACAGUGCACCUGCCGGGUGAUCUGGAAACCGUGAACUGUUUGGGACGCUGAGGACUGAGCUUGAGAACUGUACUAGACAGUGCAGAUUACAAGAGAGCGCACGCAAAUGCUAUGUCUCUUUAUACCCCUUUCACACCGCACAAAUAACCUGGUAUCGACCCAGUAUAUUGCCGGGUCGUCACGGGUUGCUGUGUGGUGUGAAAGGGCCCAUGGCGAAUUCCCGAGGUCGCCUGACCCGGUAAUUUAACCCGGGAAUAAAGCAGUGAAUUGAUUGGCUGCAGUCUUACAGAUAUUUGUUCAGCCUGUAAUAUGCCUCCAUGUUGUGUUGGUGACAGGUCCACUCUAAGGACCUGCUGCAAUCUAUAGUGAUGCGCUGUGGCAAUACACGGUCACUGGGCAUAUUACACGCUGCUGUUAUACUGCCUUUGUGUUUGUUGCAGCAGUUUCCCCCCCAGAUUGUUCCCAUCAUGUUUGUGUUUCAGCAGUUUUUAGUAGGAGUCAAAGAAGAAUGUUACAGACUUUUUUUCUUUUUGUAAUUCUAAGGAGAGGCUGAUGUAUUGCCACCAAGAAAACUGUGUACAAUUACCUCCCCUAUUCUGUAUCUUAUUAAUAAACUAAAAUAAAGGGAACUUUAUCCUUCUGGUGAUUGGUGA